UCAUCAGCAGUUUCUUGAUGUUUGGAAAGUUCUGAGACCCACCCCGUUGGACUACUUGUAAUCAGUGCCUAAGACUACAAAAACCUGUACCCGUCCUUGAAGGAAGUGUCCAUCUCAAUAUUGUGGAAAGUCCGUGCAAGCCUUGGAAGGCAGGAGAGCGAUUUGUGCUUCUGUUGACACUUGUGUGUAAUCUCUGCUUCUUAUGCACUCCAGCACCCCUAUCAGUUCCUUGUUCUCCUUCACCAGCCCUGCAGUGAAAAGGCUGCUGGGCUGGAAACAAGGAGAUGAAGAGGAAAAGUGGGCAGAAAAAGCUGUUGAUUCCUUGGUGAAGAAGUUAAAGAAGAAAAAAGGUGCCAUGGAAGAACUGGAAAGGGCUCUGAGCUGCCCCGGUCAGCCCAGUAAAUGUGUCACCAUCCCACGUUCCUUGGACGGGCGGCUGCAGGUGUCCCACCGCAAGGGGCUUCCCCACGUCAUAUACUGCAGAGUGUGGCGCUGGCCUGAUUUACAAUCUCACCAUGAGUUGAAACCACUGGAAUGUUGCGAGUUCCCAUUUGGCUCCAAACAGAAAGAAGUGUGCAUUAACCCCUACCACUACCGGCGGGUGGAAACCCCAGUCCUACCUCCUGUACUCGUUCCAAGACACAGUGAGUUUAACCCUCACCUCAGCCUCCUCGCCAAGUUUCGGAACACUUCUCUGCACAGCGAGCCACUGAUGCCUCACAAUGCCACCUAUCCUGAUUCCUUCCAGCAUCCUCCAUGCACCCCUUUUCCAUCAUCACCCAGCCACAUGUUCUCCCAGUCGCCUAACAGCAUCAGCUACCCCAACUCACCAGGAAGCUCUUCUGGACCAGGAAGCCCCUAUCAGCUCACGGUGGAAACUCCACCACCGCCUUACCAUGCAAGAGAACCUCCAGGAACCCACAAUGGGCGGUCAAUGGAUGCAUUAGCUGAAAGUCAACUAGUGUUGUCUUUGCCCAAUGGAGGUAAAUCUGCCGAUGGAGAAGCUGAAAACUUUCGGCCUGUUUGCUAUGAGGAACCCCAACAUUGGUGCUCAGUUGCCUACUACGAACUCAACAACCGGGUAGGGGAAACUUUCCAGGCUUCUUCUCGAAGUAUCCUUAUAGAUGGAUUCACGGAUCCUUCAAAUAACAAAAACAGGUUCUGCCUGGGACUGCUCUCAAAUGUAAACCGCAACUCCACUAUAGAAAACACCAGGAGACACAUAGGAAAAGGUGUUCAUCUUUACUAUGUUGGUGGGGAAGUUUACGCUGAGUGUGUCAGUGACAGCAGUAUUUUUGUGCAAAGCCGCAACUGUAACUACCAGCAUGGUUUCCACCCAGCCACCGUCUGCAAGAUCCCCAGCGGCUGCAGCCUCAAGAUCUUCAACAACCAGCUCUUCGCCCAGCUGCUUGCCCAGUCAGUCAAUCAUGGGUUUGAAGUGGUGUAUGAGCUGACCAAGAUGUGUACUAUUCGAAUGAGCUUUGUUAAAGGCUGGGGAGCAGAGUAUCAUCGCCAAGAUGUUACAAGCACGCCCUGCUGGAUCGAGAUCCACCUGCAUGGACCAUUGCAAUGGCUGGAUAAGGUGCUGACACAGAUGGGCUCCCCUCAUAACCCCAUCUCCUCAGUCUCUUAAGAAUCAUCUCUAGAAUUGCCUUAGGAUGGAUGCUAUUGCAGGCAGUGGCUUAUAAGAUUUCCAGUGAACAGAAGCUUCUAUAUGUAGAUGUAUGUAGAUGUAAAUAUAUCUAUACAUAGUCUCCUUUUUUUUUUUUUUCAUGCUACAUUUUGUGGUUUCUAGUUACUCUGAUGCCAGUACAAUAAGUUUAGAAAUUCAGGUAUGGCGUAUCUGUUCUCUAGUACAAAAUAAGCCAAAUUCCUGCAAAAGUGUCAAACAUUUCCUGUGAGCAUCUUCAUUCCCCAGCCAAGCCAGUAAACGGUGCGAAUUCUCAGCACUUCCAUGCGGAUUCAGAAACCUGGCUGUAGCUGUUCCUAGUAGGUGAAAUUCACCCCUCUGCAGGCAACCAAAGUCAGAUCUCUGCACCGUUUAUAUCCAUUUUACACCCUAAUUUCAGGUCUAAAAGAGGACCUUAGGUGGUGCACAGGCCUUAUGUAUAGAGAUGACUUUUACCCAGUGAACUGAAGGACUAAACUGCAAUUCCAGUCAGUCUCCUUACUGCAAAGCACGAUGAGACAACAGAUCCUCUGAGGAGCUGAGGCACCACUGUCUCCCUUAGGAUUUGGCAGGAGGAGAGGGCCCUCGGGACGUGUUCAGCCCUGGAGCCCUGUCAGAGCAUUCUGGACACAUCCGAGUAGUCUGAUGCUGUUAACUCAGUAGCGUACGGUACCGCUGCACUGAAAAGCAACAAGCUCCUGAGAAAAAAUAAAGAAGAAAAUUUGAAAUAUAUGCCUAUAAGUUAAAAACUAAUUAACUUCCAGUGCUUUUCUGCAAAGUACAUACAUACUUGCAUAUGUAUCUGGCAUGUAAACUGAAUCCUAUCCAUUAUACAGUAUUGAUGUAGUUUGUUUUAAAGUUAGGACUGUCUGUAGUUAGACUACUGUGCUGAUAUCAAGGGUACGUCUAAAUGGGACUUGAACUGUGCUUCAAAAAAGGGAAAUGAAGUGUGCAUUGAAGAACCGAAUAACUGCUUUAUCCUUCGUCUUGGCGUGGUCUCUGUACUGGGAACAGGAAGCCCCACGCUCCCAGGAUGCGAAGAGAAGGAGGGGGGAGUCAGGCACCUCCACCCCCUGCGCUGGGCCAGUCCUCAGGAUCUGUCUGCAACGCUUGGGUCUGAGAGAGGGUUUCCCUGCCAGUCACUCCGUACAUCCCCGUGGAUGAGUCUUCAUCUCAGAUACUACAGGUCUCAUCAUUGGCAGCGCUUUUGCCUUCCCGGCAGAGGAUGGUGAGGCAGCGUAAGCCACAAAAAAAUGAAGAGUGAACCUAUGUGCAGAACCUUUUUGAAAAGCUCCUUGUCUGCAGUCCUUCUGUACACAGGGAAACCCAUCGCCCAUAAUCUCUAGCUUUACAAAAUGCUGUUCGCUUGGUUGCCUGUUCUGAGGAGGCAAGUGAAACUCUUGCUGCAUUUUGAUGGUCCCCAUUACCGUGCUGAAAGGGCAGAGGAUUAAUUCUUUCCAGGCAUAACAGUCCACUGAAAAUUGUUUUGCUUUAAGUCUCAGAAAGAGUGAUAACUUCUCCAAUCUCAUUCCUCCUUAGAACACACCAGAACUUUCCCAAGUUAAAAACCCCAGCUUUUACAGAAUGUUUCUUCUCACACAAUGUCUAGUGCUACAUAUUUUACUGCAUAAUUAGAAGAGGAUAUCUGAAAUCUUCAGCUACAUCACAUACGAAUUCAAGUAACAUUCACUGGAGAGACUUUCCACGUGUUUUAACUUAGAUGCAACGUAACACCUGUUACAGGAUGGUAACUACAGCAAAGCAGGAGAAUCAGUAAACCAGUAGGGUUACUUCAUCUGAAUGCGUCUCCGGCUUCAGAAUUAGUAGGACACAGAAGGAUAAAUUUUUGUUAAGUUUGAGCAGUAAUAGCAAGUUGUAUAGGAAAUUUGUAAAUGCAAAGAACCCUAUUCUCUCACCGUUUGACGUCAGCAGUGUCGCUGUGGGAUAGGAAAAGCUUUACAGUCUCCUGGAGCAAUGAAAUCCAAUAGUAAUGUUACACAGAAAUUCCAGGUGUGCCAUUUGCUGUUCAGCAGACUUGAGAGAGAUCAGCUUGGAAAAAGACAUUUUCCUCAGUUCCCUCCCUCCUUCCCUCAGUGUCACUCUACUGAGGUAGUGGUGACACGUUUUUUAGCAUGUUUAUUGCACCCUUUCUCCAGUAAUUUCUCUGUGCUUUUUAUGUUGCUCCUUUUCUUUCUUAGCAGCCAAAGACAGAGAAAAUCACCUCUCCUAUCCAGGAUCUAGUUCUGUCCUUUAUCCUGGAUUCUUCCUUGCCUUUUAGGCUGAAAUCUCCUUCCCUCCUAAUACAGAGAGGAGCCUAGGGGUUACUUUUAGACAUUCCCAGCAUUGUCAUCUUCCUUGCAGAGAGCAAAGGGGGAUGUUCUGAGGGGCAUCUGCUCUUGGGCAUGGUGGCAAACAAGUAAAUAGUAAGUAAAUAGAAGGAAAACCCCUGCCCAGAUGCAGUGAUGAAAAGUAAGGCAAACAAACCAUUCAUUUCCCUUUCUUUUUGAACAAAGUCUCUCUCGCGGGCUUCUCUAGUAUGUGAUUUGAGAUCACUUAAAAAGACAGGUUUCUCAUAAUUUACAGCAAUGUAACUUUGUAUCUCACUUUAAUGUCUCCUCAUUUUGGAAGGAGAUAUUUUCUGCUGAAAGGUCUUCACGAACCUAUCAUCCUGUAGUCAAUUUAAAGCCUUUAAAUGCACUCAUUAAUACUCGAGCUUUGGAGAUAGGCUUCCUGAGAGAUUUAAAACCACUUACAGAGAAACUACUUAGUCAAAGGCAGAUUUUUUUUUAGAUGUUGUUUUUUUUUUUUUUUCUGAGCCAUCAACAAUUCAAACCCUCCUGAAAGUUUCUGUGGAGGAGUACCCUGCAUCAGCAGGCAGUGGUGGGGAGUGUGAUCAGGCAGUGGCAUAGAGCACAUUCAUCAUGGUACGUAGACCACUUGUUCUCCUGUUAAGUCGCUGAGAGAAGACGACUGCUUAACUGCUGCCAGUUCUUCACUAUUAAUGUGCCAUUUGCAUCCAGAGGUGACAGAAGCACAUCUGGCACACUGACUGCGUGGAGCCGUUCAGUGGCACUGCUGCUCUGAUGGCUCGGUCCCAUGUCCUCACGCCGUAACCGCUGAUCAGGUGCAUGUAGCAAUGGCUGCAGCAUUCAGAAGUGCAGCACACCCCACCAGAGGCUGCCCCACAACCGUCUUUUCUCCUCGUGAGCGGGGAGACCUUAUAGCUCCAGGGAGACCUUACGGCUCUGGGGAGACAUUACAGCAGCCUUCCAGUACCUAAAGGGGGCCUACAGCCUACAAGAGAGAUGGGGAGGGACUCUUUAUCA